CCGCCGCGGCCCGGGCCCUGAGAGCCGUUUGUUGGCGGAGCGGAGCGUUGUGCGCGGGGCUGUGCCGGUCGCCUUGGGUCCUCAGUAUCGCGCUUCACCACCAGCCGCCGGGCCGCCAGAUGGUGGGGCCGGAGGAUGCUGGCGCCUGUCCGGGAAGGAAGCCCAGACUGUUCCCUCCGCCGGGGCCCGAGCCUGGGGGCCGCGACGGGAGGAUGAUCGGGGCCACGGGCGGCCGGGGCAGCUGCUGCCUGGAGCCGCAGGAGGAGGGGGAGGAAGAAGAGGAGGAGGAGGAAGAAUCGGAGGAGGAGGAGGACUCGGAGGAGGAGGGGGCGACGCUGCCGCCUCAGCGGCUGAUUCAGCGAUACUUGGAGGUGGCGGGAGGGCAGCUGGAGCCGGGGCUGUGCCACUGUAGCCCGCUCGUCGGCAGCCAGGCCGGUCGCCCCCCGCCAUCGCCGGGCUCGGGCUCCCAGCUCUGUGGGGACGAGCCGGACGGGAAGCCCACUCAGGGCGGCGGCCCGGGGCCCCCGCACCCGAGGAUGACCAACGGCGACUCGGGCUUCCUGCUGGGCCCGGGCUGUCACGACCUCGAGGCCGGUGGGCUGCCCCUGCCCGCCCGGCCCUGCCUGUCGUCGGCGCCGGAGGGAGGCGGCGGCGGGAGCUUCCUCCGCUUCCCUCGGGAGCCUCGCUGCUGCCGCGUUUCCAGCCUCCGCCGCCCGCCCGGGGCCGAUGACGGCGGCGAGAGCCCGCCAGACGGGGCGACGCCGCUGGAGGACCCGCUGCGGAACUGCCGCCUGGGCACGGCGGAGCCGGGGCAUCUCGGCGGCGGCUCGGGUUCGGAGGACGCCCUCCCAGGCCGGCAGUCUCCGCCGCCGGCCCGGCGUGGGGCCGCCCAGCACGGUGGGGGGGCGGACGAGAGGACUCCGGGGGGGCCGCCUGCCGAGCCGGGCUUUCGCUUCACAGACGUGAACUUGAACUCUCGGAACACUUACGAGGUGAGCCGCAGACAGAGCGCUCCGGACUAUCUGGCCCAGGAGGGGCAACUAGGGCCCCCGCCCGCCCCGGAGCUGGGCCCGGCGGGGGCUGCAGCCAAAGCCCGGAGGAGCGGCGGCGGCGGAGGAGGCGGCGGCUUUGCGGACUUCUUCACCAGAAAUUUUUUUCCAAAAAGAACGAAGGAAUUGAAAUCUGCUGUCCAUAGUGCUCCUGGCUGGAAGUUAUUUGGUAAAGUCCCACCCAGAGAGAAUCUGCAGAAGGCUUCUAAAAUUAUUCAGCAGGAAUACGAAGCACGAACAGGGAGGACAUGUAAACCUCCACUUCCGUCCACAAGACGUAAAAACUUUGAAUUUGAACCACUUUCAACCACUGCUCUCAUUCUUGAGGACCGGCCAUCAAAUCUUCCUGCCAAAUCAGUCGAAGAAGCUUUACGUCAUAGACAAGAAUAUGACGAAAUGGUGGCUGAGGCUAAAAAACGAGAAAUUAAAGAAGCACAUAAAAGAAAACAAAUAAUGAAAGAACGGUUUAAACAAGAAGAGAAUAUUGCAAGUGCAAUGGUCAUAUGGGUCAAUGAGAUACUACCAAAUUGGGAAGGAAUGCGUGGUACAAGAAGAGUUCGAGAAUUGUGGUGGCAAGGACUGCCCCCUAGUGUUCGUGGGAAAGUAUGGAGUCUAGCUGUGGGAAAUGAACUCAAUAUCACUCCUGAACUUUAUGAAAUUUUCCUCUCCAGAGCAAAGGAACGAUGGAAAAGCUUCAGUGAAACAAGUACAGAGAAUGAUGUAGAAGAUGUAGGUGUAUCUGUUGCUGACCGGGAAGCUAGUCUGGAAUUAAUUAAGCUGGACAUAUCUCGAACAUUCCCUUCCCUCUACAUCUUUCAGAAGGGUGGUCCUUAUCAUGAUGUCUUACAUAGUAUCUUAGGAGCAUAUACGUGUUACAGGCCUGAUGUUGGUUAUGUCCAAGGGAUGUCCUUCAUUGCUGCAGUACUCAUUCUCAACCUGGAAGAAGCAGAUGCUUUCAUUGCCUUUGCAAAUCUCUUGAAUAAGCCAUGCCAGUUGGCCUUUUUCCGCGUAGAUCAUAGCAUGAUGUUGAAAUAUUUUGCAACAUUUGAAGUAUUCUUUGAAGAAAAUCUUUCCAAACUAUUUCUUCACUUCAAGUCUUACAGUCUUACUCCUGACAUAUACUUGAUAGACUGGAUCUUCACGCUGUAUAGCAAAUCACUUCCACUUGAUCUGGCCUGUCGAGUUUGGGACGUCUUUUGUAGAGAUGGAGAAGAAUUUUUAUUUAGAACAGGAUUAGGAAUCCUUCGAUUAUAUGAAGAUAUACUUCUGCAAAUGGACUUUAUUCAUAUAGCUCAGUUUUUAACCAAACUGCCAGAGGACAUCACAUCAGAAAAGCUUUUCAGCUGUAUAGCAGCUAUUCAGAUGCAGAAUAGCACCAAAAAAUGGACACAGGUGUUUGCAUCUGUAAUGAAGGAUAUUAAAGAAGGGGACAAGAACCAUAGUCCAGCAUUGAAAAGCUAAUCUUCACAAUUAAAAGACUAUGAAAUGUAGAAAACAAUUUAAUAAAAUACUUUUUUUCUAUGUGAAAAACAUUAGAGAAAAUAUUGGAGAAAUCCAGAAGAAUCAAGAAAGAUGGACAAAUGUUGAAUUUUCACUCAGUGGCAAAAGUAGGUAAAUGGAUAUUCUGUUGCCAGUAUUAUUUUUAAAAAGUAUUGUGUGGGGAAAAUAGUUUUCACAAAGAAAAACAUUGAAAGUGACUAGUUCAUAUUCCAUAAUUUGAGGUAAAGAAUUUAAUGCAAUAAAAUUUUUAAAUAAUCUUAGUUGGUACUUAAAGAUUUUGAGGCAUGAUUAUUUUCUUUUUAAUGGUUACCAGAAAGGCACUUUUGGAGGUCAAAGGGGGGCAAUGUUAAGUAGUCUGAACCCUAAACUACUUUCUGAACCAAACCCCUCAGUACAGAUAUUACCUCCAGAUUUAACCAGUUGAAAAUACUAUGGACCAAAUAAAUUUCCUUGUCGUCUAUGUGCCUAAGACUAUGAAACAUUGGGUUAAACUUAUUUGGGUCACUGAUGUCAUUCAGUUUCAUUCAUCAGUUGGGGCAAAUAUGUGUAACUCAGGAACUGGAGAUAUUGGUGGUAGAUUGUACUUCACUGGUUUCAGAUAUUUCUUUUCUGUAGUAUUUUAUGUUUGUUAUUGAAGAACAAUUAUGUGGACAUUCCUUAAGAGAUUCUUAACAACAGAGGAAUGUUAGCCUUUCUAUUUCUAGUCUAAGAAAUGAUUUUAUUCAUGAAGUCAUAAAACACUAUGAAAAUGGGGAAAAAUAGUGGAAGGAAAAGUUUUUCUUUGCACUUUAAUGGGCAGAAAUUUUGGCUUUGGUAGUCAAUCCAUAAAUGUUAAAGUGAGGUUUUACAGUGAUUGUUUAAUCACAGUAAAAAAACUACCCUAGUAUGUAAUGCUGACAGUUUUAAGUAGCAUGGUGCUUGGCAAAGACUUGACAUUCUUUGUACUUAAAAUCCUUCCACUGUUGAACAACAAAAUUUUGUAAAUAUAAAUUUGACAUUUGAAACCUUAAUUUAUAGCCAAGUCAAUGACUUGCAAAAUGUGUUCUAGAUGAUGAAAAACCUAAUUUUUUAAUCAAUGGAAAUGAAUGAUAGCUGUAAUACAAUUCAACAUUAACUUUUUCUAAUGAGUCAAACUUUGAUGAUAUUUGUGUAUUGAUUAUGUUAAUCACUGGUAGACUUGAUCAAAUUUAUCACUACAUUUUAAUUUUGGAACUAAAUGAAUCAUUUGAAUGUUAAGAGCAGUAUCUGCAUAACAUGCUACUUAUUUUAAAGAAUGCUUUCAUGUUGAAGUUUGGUUUAUAACUACCUUUAAGCAAAUUAUUUAUAUUGUUAAUAUGUAGUCUUCAAGCUAACAGGUCUGGUAUCCUUGUCAAUGUGGUGACUGCCUCUUUAGGAACAUAGAACCCGGAGUGCCCAUUUAUUGCCAUCCCCCUGUUCAUUCCAGCACUGUGACUUGGGAGGGCCUGUCGAUAGUUACUCCUAGUAGUAGAGCUGUGGAGGUUGCUUGGGGGAGGAAACUUUCUGUGAAAUAAUGUGUGUGUGUGUGUGUGUCUGUCUGGGGGGGGGUGGGUUGCAUCACAGUAAGAAAGCUACUUCAGCGUCUGAAAUGAAUGACUAUAGUCAUUCCUUCUUGCCCAGUCACCUACUUUGUUAUAUUCCAUGGCCAUGGAAAAUAUUCAGUAUAGAGGAUAGAGGAGCAUUGAACCCUGGCGGUCACUAUAUUGAGAAUACCACAUGUCUAAGUUAAAUUUUAUUUUUAUGUAUUCAUUUCUUUAGUUGGAACCAAGUUAUUUCUUCCAAUUUUGUUUUAUUAUUGUACAGUUUCUUUGCCUUUCAAGCAUAAGCUUGUAUAUAAAAAUGUAAAUACAAGGGACACAUUAAAGACCACUAAUAACAAUUCCUAUGUAAAUAAAAUUGUAAGCAGAGUAAUUACUUGAAAUGAGUCUUCAUUACUUUUGGGUUAUCUGCAUUAAUUAACUGAAGCUGGAAAAUAAUAACUGACCUAUUUUUUGCCAAAUUUUUCUUGCUUAGCAUUGCCCCAGGCCUUUGGUCCUAAAGGACUGGCAGUAUUGGCAACUGCAGUAGCAUACUGUAUUUGCCCAUGAGCCAUUUGUACACAGUUCAUAUGUCAAUGUGUAAGAUAGCUACUUUAUUAAAAUUUUCUUUUAAAUGGAAACCAUUUUACUAUGUCAUAAUAAUGUGAAGUUUACUAUAGUAUUAUUUUGCUUGUAUACUUAUGCAAAGUAACUUUUUUAAAAAAUUGGCAGCAUAAUAUUUUCUUACUCCCAUUUCCUUUUGUGACUAGGCAGCAUCCCUCCAGUUUACAGCCAGGUAUUCUUACUCAAAAUGCUGCUCUUGAAUUCAUAGCAGAUCCUCUUGGUGUAUAUGCCCAUGAUCAAAUGCCUUUAAAUGAUUAGUUUGGUACUGAACUCUGAUCCAGCAUUAGCAAGAAGGCACUGAAAUUUUUAGUCUCUCAGAUUAAUUUAACAACUUUUCCAGUAGCUUUGAAUUGGUGUUACUUUUCUCUAGUUCACUUUCCAUAUAGCUGCAUUAAUAUGUGUAUUUCAAAACUGUAAUCCCAAAUCAUUUUUAAUUAACGUUACACUGCAUUGUAAUUUUUUUUUGUAGCAACAAAUAUAGCUAACUAUUUCUUGUCUUGCUAAGGUUGCUAUUAAAAUUAAUUUGCAUUCCAUAAGAGAAUACAUCAACUGACAAGAACAAAUUAGGAAUGAAACAGCCCUAAAGUCUGUGGUACAGGGAAAUCAGUCUGGAAUUUUAAAUUUGCUGGUGGAUAAUCUACCCUCUUGAUAAGGAAGAGCUGUAUCUGUGUGGCAUAAAUGGCAUAUCAAGCCAUUACUAGGGUUUAAUAAAAAGCUGUCAUAGAUUCCCAGAUGUAGUAAAACCUUAUUAAAUUGGACUUCACUGGAUUAGUAUUUGUGAAAAUUUGAAUAGAAAUGAUUUGCCAUUUAGUUUUUGAGGAAAGGGAGAAUUUAAACAAAACUUUAAAGAAAUUGUUUGGCUACUUGGAAGAAACUUUAGAAUGCUUUUUAGAAGCAUUUUUUUAACGUGUAAUUUAAUUGCAAAGUGGCAGGGCCCACAGGUACUUUAGGUAAUGCUUUAAUAUGCUGAUUAUAAAUCUUUAUUUGUUAAAAACAAUGCUUCUUUCAUAUACUUUUUUAGGUUUCCUGCACGUCCUAGAAAUAAGUAAAAUUUCAUUUCUUUGAAGAUAACAUUUCUAAUUAUUAAUUCAGACUAGUCUUCCCAUAAUUAAUCUCACUUGGUGAGGUUUUUCCAUAUGCUGCAGGCUGAAUUUAUCUCAUUGUGACCAUUCUUAAGGAGAUCAUCUUUUUGCUGCAUUGCAAACCCUUUUCAUCUGUUGACAUUAAGAAAAAUGGAAACUUUCAUGCUUUUAUUAAGUGAUUUUUGUACAAUUAUAAUGUAUUUGGAAGUCAAUUUUGUAAUAAACAUGUUAUGAUAAAAUUGAUAGUAAAUGUAAAAAUAGAGACAAGAAUUGA